CAUUCCCAACAGAACAUGAUGGCCUUGCCAAGGUUCAGUGGCUACUCUCUGUCACAUGUUUAUCCUGGGGAGAGUAAUACGGAUCUCAGCGUGGCGCUGCCACCUUUGGCUGUGGAGCACUUGGGGCACACCACAGGUGUCUCCUUAAAACUCAGCCCCUCGCACAACAUAUCAGAAUACCCCGAGAGCACAGUGACGCCCUGUGUUAACUAUCCAGCCCCCUAUCAAUCCUAUUCGGGCUACGGUGGCCACGGCUUAGGAGCCAGCAGGGAUCUCCUCCUCAGGCGGGAUCUCUCAGCACCCACCAUGCCCGGGUUGGCGAAUCAACAUUCCUCCACAAGUUCUCACCAUGGCUUGUUUGUCUCUGCAGCGGGACGAUACCAUGACUCUGGCAGCCAUGCAGAAACUGGAAGCCACCCUUUUAUGUCUGGUUUGCACGACCAGAGCCCUCACGCCACCAGGGUUGUCAAUGGGCAGGUACCCCUGGGUAUAUCAGGGGAUUUUAUUGCUAGAUCACGUCACUACAACCAAGUGACGGGUCCAAGAAGCGAUCACUAUGUUACAUCUUUACUUCAAAGCUACAAACCGAUGAAUUUGAACGUCAGUCUGGCCACUCAUGGAGGGGCAGGUCAAUUUCUUAGGUACAUGAAGCAGCCCAUCAAAAGAGAGUUGAUCUGCAAGUGGAUUAGCCAAGAGCAAACUUCGAAGAAGUGCUGUUCAAACACAUUCAGCAGCAUGCAUGAGUUAGUAACCCACCUUACCGUGGAGCACGUUGGAGGACCAGAACAACCAAAUCAUGUUUGUUGCUGGGAGCAGUGUCCAAGGGAUGAAAAAGCCUUCAAAGCGAAAUAUAAACUUAUAAACCAUCUCAGAGUGCACACUGGAGAAAAGCCGUUUCCCUGUCCAUUUGCCGGCUGUGAAAAAGUAUUUGCAAGAUCAGAGAAUCUGAAGAUACAUAAAAGAACUCAUACAGGUGAAAAACCUUUCAAAUGCGAAUUUGAAGGCUGUGACAGAAGGUUUGCGAACAGCAGUGACCGUAAAAAACAUUCUCAUGUUCACACAAGUGAUAAACCAUAUAUCUGCAAAAUUAAAGACUGUGAUAAAUCCUACACACAUCCAAGUUCCCUUCGAAAGCACAUGAAAAUGCACUGCAAACCGACUCUUUCAGUUAACUGUGAGCGUGAAGCUUUCAGUGCAAUGCCUUAUUCGGAUACAGAAAGUGACAUUUCCUCUGGGGAUCCCUUGUCAAGCAGGCCCAAUGCCUUACACUAUCCAAUAGCUUACCAUCGGUCUGAGGAUAAAAUAUGUCCAGCAUCUGCAACCAAGUUGGGUGUCUUAUUGGGUUCAUUGCCAACCAAUAGAUCUGAAGACAAAAUUAAUUAUCUGCAUUCAGCGAGAACUGACCAUUCCUUGGCUCCAUUAUCUUCAACCAGGUCCGACGAUAUAAUUGAUCAAAUAACUGUAGUACGAUCCAAUACUUCCUUAUGUCCAUCAACUUCCAAAAGGCUUGAAGCUGGAAUGGAUCUGUUACCUGAAAUGAAACCUGGUACACUGGGCAGAUUAACGUCAACCCCGUCUGACUUCAGUGUGAACCAAUUACCGUCCAUUCGAUCUGAUGUAAAAAAUAAUCCAUUGUCUUUAAUUCGAUCUGGUGUCACAACAGGUCCAUCUCCUUCAAACUGGUGUGAAGGUCGAAUGAACCUAUUGCCACUACAUCGAUCUGAUAUCAGAAUGGAUUCAUUAUGUUCAAUCCGAUUGGGUUCAUCUCCCUCACAUCGGGUUGAAGCUAGAUUGAAUCCCUUAACUGUAAAUCGAAGUGGCACAACAUUGCAUGCAUUGCCUCCCCAUAGUUCUGCUAUUGCAUUGGGUUCGUUGAAUUCCAAUCGGCCAACUGAAGCACCUUACACUUCACCAACCAGACCGACUGCUAGCUCUGACACUCUCUUGAGUGGCUGGUACACCUGUCAAAGGAGAAACACCACCAACAUAUCAAAAAAUCUGACUCACAGUUGUUCCACUGGUGAUGAGGAUGAGCAGACUUUUAAAGUUAUUAAAUACACCGAAACUUGA